UUUUUUUUUCCCCUUUGACUCUGGGUCUGCCUGAGUCGAUCCAGCUGAUUUUUGGCUCAACCGUCGAUCAUGGCUUCCGAAGACGUUGUUAUCAAGCAAGGCUGGCUGCUGAAGCGCGGCGAAUACAUCCGCAACUGGCGCCCUCGCUGGUUCCAGCUCAAGUCAGACGGCUCUUUCCGCGGCUUCAAGACUGGUCCGCCUCAACCGGGGGAUGGCCCCGUCAACUUUUUCGACCUGGCUGGCUCCACGCUCGCCAAGACGGACGAUGGCAAGCCCCCAGGCUCCAAGGGCAAGAAGUACGGGUUCAUGAUUCGCUUCAUGCAAAUGACGCGCUUUGUGGAACGUUCCUUCCAUCUUGAAUCAGAGGAAGAGCGUGAUGAAUGGGUCAAGGCCUAUGAAGUGGUCAAGUCCAAGCUGCAAGACACGGUCGCCAAGCGCGUCGAGGCUUCGGGUGGCCAACCCCUGAGCACGCGUGACGUGACGAUUGAUGACUUUGACAUGCUCAAGGUGUUGGGCAAGGGCACAUUCGGCAAGGUCAUGCUGGCCAAGGACAAGUCAGACGGCGAGCUCUACGCCAUCAAGGUUCUCAAGAAGGAAGUCAUUCUUGAGAAGGAAGAAGUCGAGCACACCAUGACUGAGAACACCGUCCUUCAGUCAACGAACCACCCCUUUCUGACGACCUUGAAAUACUCAUUCCAGACCAACGAACUCUUGUGCUUUGUGCUUGAGUACGUCAACGGUGGUGAGCUUUUCUUCCAUCUGAGCCGCGAAAAGGUCUUUGAGGAGGAGCGGGCCCGCUUUUACGCCGCAGAGAUCUGCUUGGCUGUGGGGUACCUGCACGCACACAACAUUAUCUAUCGCGAUCUGAAACUUGAGAACCUUCUCCUGGAUAAGGCCGGCCACAUUAAGAUCACUGAUUUCGGCCUUUGCAAGGAGGAGAUGAGCUACGGCACCACCACAACCACUUUUUGCGGAACUCCUGAGUACUUGGCUCCGGAAAUUCUCGAGGACAACGAUUAUGGCCGUGCUGUUGACUGGUGGGGCCUGGGUGUCGUCAUGUACGAGAUGAUGUGCGGACAUCUUCCCUUUUACAACCGCAACCACGAGGUCCUCUUUGACCUCAUCCUCCACGAAGAAAUUCGCCUGCCCGACAACUUGAGCCCAGCGGCCAAGGACAUUUUGAGCAAGAUGCUGGACAAGAACCCACUGACUCGUCUGGGUGGUGGUCAGCGUGACAUGGAGGAGAUCAAGGAACACCCCUUCUUCGAGAGCAUUGACUGGGAGAAACUGUACAACCGCGAGCUGCCCGUGCCGUUCAAGCCUCAAGUUAAGGACGAAACCGAUGUGAGCAACUUUGACCCCAUGUUCACGGCCGAGCCGGCACAGGUCAGCCCCACCGAAGCCUCCACCCUGAAUGACGAGGCUGCAUUCGCCAACUUCGAGGCCGGACCCAAGGCGUAAUGGUCGGGCACAAACUCGUGGGCCACCACAAGCAUUGUAUGCGCUGCAUAAGUGUGUUCUGCGUUUGCACUUGUGUCUUGUCCAGCCGCUUCAUCUUGAUCAGCCCACUUCACCGCUUAUCGUGUUGAUGAAGGCUUGGUGUUGAGGUGGCUGUGCGCCGUCUUGGCUCAAUUGUUGUUGGUUGGGUUUUUUCUCUACUUUUUAAUGUUCUCUCUUCUUCCUUGUGACAUGUGCUCGUGCAUGAUCUUGUUACUGCUCCUGUCCUAGUUGUUUUAGUCAUUCAUGUUGGAGGCCGAGCUUGUGCUGACCUGUGUCUCUUUUUCUCCUCUGCUUGUGCGCUCUACUCUUAAUCAACACCCUGGGCAUUCAGGUGGCUGCGCUG